CCCUCCCGCGCGGGCGGGGCCCCCCUGGCCCCCGGGGGCCGGGCCCCCCACACCUGGACGAGGGGGCGGCCCGCGCCCGGCCGGGCCGCGUGGCUCGCGGCUUAUUUUCCCAGCUGGCCAGCGCCGCGCCGCAGACAAGGGAAUGCCUGUGGUCCUGCGUGUUCCGGAGCUCGGGGGCCCCCCGAUCCCGCUGAGCCCCUUCCAGGAGCGGAAGGGUUAAGCAUGAUGAAGAAGAAGAGGAAACGAGGCGAGUCCCCCGGCCCAUGCCGCAGCCACGGGCCCGGACCCGCCACGGCGCCCGCGCCGCCGCCCUCGCCGGAGCCCCCGGGACCUGCAUGGACGGGCAUGGGCUUGAGAGCAGCACCUUCCAGCGCCGCCGCCUCCGCCGCCGCCCAGGCUGAGCCGCGCCGCCGCCGCCGCCGCCCCGGGCUCGGCCCGCCACCGCCUCCGGCGCCGCCGCUGCUGCUGCUGCUGCUGCUGAGCCUCGGGCUGCCCCACGCAGGUGACUGCCAACAGCCAGCCCAAUGUCGAAUCCAGAAGUGUACCACAGACUUUGUGUCCCUGACUUCACACCUGAACUCUGCCAUUGACGGCUUUGACUCUGAGUUUUGCAAGGCGCUGCGUGCCUAUGCUGGUUGCACCCAGCGAACUUCAAAAGCCUGCCGUGGCAAUCUGGUAUACCAUUCUGCUGUGUUAGGUAUCAGUGACCUCAUGAGCCAGAGGAACUGCUCCAAGGAUGGACCCACAUCCUCUACCAACCCAGAAGUGACCCAUGAUCCUUGUAACUACCAUAGCCACACGGGAACCAGAGAACACAGGGGAGGAGACCAGAACCCUCCCAACUACCUAUUCUGUGGCUUGUUUGGAGAUCCGCACCUUAGAACUUUCAAGGAUCACUUCCAAACAUGCAAAGUAGAAGGUGCCUGGCCACUUAUAGAUAAUAAUUAUCUUUCAGUUCAAGUGACAAAUGUGCCCGUAGUUCCUGGAUCCAGUGCUACUGCUACAAACAAGAUCACCAUCAUCUUCAAAGCCCAUCACGAGUGCACGGAGCAGAAAGUGUACCAGGCCGUGACGGAUGACCUGCCGGCCGCCUUCGUGGACGGCACCACCAGUGGGGGGGACGGCGAGGCCCGGAGCCUCCAGAUCGUGGAGAGGGAGAGCGGGCGCUCCGUGGAGAUGCACGCGCGCUACAUCGGCACCACGGUGUUCGUGAGGCAGCUGGGCCGGUACCUGACCCUCGCCCUCCGCAUGCCCGAGGAGCUGGCCAUGGCCUACGAGGAGAGCCAGGACCUGCAGCUGUGCGUGAACGGCUGCCCCGCGGGCGAGCGCAUCGACGACGGCCACGGCCAGCUGUCGGCCAUCGUGGGGCCCGCGGGGCACGCCGCCCCGGCACAAGCCUGGCCGGGCUACACGCUGGAAACGGCCAGCACGCAGUGUCACGAGAAGAUGCCCGUGAGGGACAUCUACUUCCAGUCCUGCGUCUUCGACCUGCUCACCACCGGGGACGCCAACUUCACCGCCGCGGCCCACAGCGCCCUGGAGGACGUGGAGGCGCUGCACCCCCGCAAGGAACGCUGGCACAUCUUCCCCCCCAGCGCCGGGGCGCCCCGCACCCGCCGCCCGCCCGCCCUCCUGGGGCUCCUGGCCUGCGUCCUUGCGGUGUUUUUGUAGGGUUUGUCUUUCGGUUUUGUGUCGUUCGGUUUUGUUGUGGUGGUUGUUGUUUUUGUCUAUAACAAAGUUUUAAAAUCUAUAUUGUCAUAAUAUAUUGAGUGAGAGAGGAUAUAUGUAUAUACCAUGUAUAUGACGGGAUGCUCGUCCUGGCAUACUGUGCGCGGCUGUUUUCACGUACAUUGGAUGUAGUGUUCUUUGAUUGUAUCAAUUUUGUUUUGCAGUUUUGUGAAAUGUUUUAUAAUGUCCCUGCCUAGGGACCUGUUAGAAAGCACUUUAUUUUUUAUAUAUUAAAUAUUUAUGUGUGUACCUGGUUACUAUGUAUACUACAUAUACAAAGACACCGUGCACAGCAUUCCCUCUGCGGGUGACCAGUUGUUUGUAGCUAUUCUGGCUCUUCCCCAUGGCCCUUCCCAUUGCUACUGAUCUGUCACCAGCCCCGUCCUGGUGGAGCGGCCUCCCCUCUCAGAGGAGGUCCGUACCCCUCUGUCCUCUCACACUGCGCCCUGUUGGGAGCCCUCUCCACAGCUGUCAGUCUUUGAGAAUGGAAGGAGGAUGUCGCUGCAGGCCUUCCUCCUCGCGGUUCUAGUUGUCUGUAUGGACGUACGUGGUAUUUCCGGUUGACACAUCUGGAACUGCUGUCUCUGUAGGAAUAAGAAGGUCUAGCGGUGACAGUGUCGUAGGUAAAUACCAGGCUUCUUGUCAACUCCAGUAGAGCUCUUAGAGUUGUCCUCCUUCUGUGCCCUUGUUUAAAUUGUAACUUUUUUCUCUUUUAACUCUUCUUCAUUAAACAAAACGUGAAAUCAUA